GCCUUGCAUAUUGUCCCAAUUGCCCCUGUGAAAGUCAUUUGUCUGGCCAUUUCUCUCCGCCAGCUCCCGCUAUGCUCAGGGACAUGAUCGUACGGGGAGCGAUUGCUCGCAGACAAAGCUAUAUCGAGAUAUCAAAUUAUCUCCGGGGUGUCUAUGUGAUUCCGCGUCCGCGUUUACAAUGUCAAUUCCACGGCAAAAGACAGUUUUGUUCUGCGAACUCGCUGGGAACCAAGGAUGCUUCUCUCCAGUCGUCGCAUCCAUUCCUUGAGGAAUAUAAGAAAACAAUUUCUUUUCCUUCUUCGAAUUCAAAUUUCCCGGCCCUUCUCGACACUCAGGGGCUUGGAAAACGUGUCACCCUACAUGGUUACCUAGGAAGGAGAACUGAUAUAGGAAAGAAAAUGUCAUUUGUCCGACUGUCAAAUCCGUCCUUGACGCAGACGGUGCAGGUCAUUUCUUUUUCAAAGAGCGAAGCGUUCGAUAAGUUAAGGUCCAUAGAAGCGAAUAGCCCAGUUGUAGUUCGGGGCAUACUGCGGUCGAAAAUUGCAAGUUCCAAAGGACACACCCAAGAACCAACGGUGGACACUGAAGGGAAUAUAAACAGCGUGGAAAUUGCUUUGGAGGAUGUCCAGUGUCUCAACGACUUUCCCAAGGAUAUCAUAAUGACAUCGGAAACCGUAUUUCCCGCUGAGAAACGGUACCUGCAGAUAAGGAAUGACAAGGACCUCAGGCAAGCCUUGGCCUUUCGAGCACGGGCGAACAAAGUUCUUCGAGAGGUCUUGGAAGAGUGCGAUCCUCCGUUUAUGGAGGUAGAGACACCAUUGCUCUUUAAGUCCACCCCUGAAGGUGCGAGAGAGUUUCUUAUUCCGACUCGACGCCCUGGCCUAGCAUAUGCGCUCCCUCAGAGUCCACAGCAGUAUAAACAAAUCCUCAUGAGUAGUGGCGUUCCGAGAUAUUAUCAAUUUGCCCACUGCUUCAGGGACGAAGACCUGCGAGCAGAUAGACAGCCCGAGUUUACGCAGCUUGAUAUGGAAAUGUCGUUCGCGAGAGGUGAAGAUGUGAUGAGUACUAUUGAGCAGGUGAUCCGAAAACUGUGGUCAACACUCAUGCCGGAACAACUCGAUGCUAGUCCCUUUCCUAGGAUGACCUACAACGAAGCUAUGUCCAAGUAUGGUUCCGAUAAGCCGGACCUAAGAAUCGGGAUGGAAAUUCGUCGUGUUGACUAUAUGAUACCUGUGGACCUUGUUAACAAGAUCACAGAUUUGAGCGCGCCCAUUGUGGAAAUUACCAAGCUGAAAGGGAACGGCGAUCCCAUCGAAACCAGGCAGUUUGUCACGUCGUUUCUGGACUCACCAGAAGCGAGCGAGUUUAUCAACAACCCUGAGGGCGGGCCGGGAGUUUUUGUUUUUGAUUCCUCAAAACCUUUAUCGGGGCUUCAGGCCUUUGGGUUUGAAGCAACGUGGGCACUCGAGAACGAUUUGGACCUAAAUGACGGUGAUUUGCUUAUUCUCCAAGCCCGCCAAAAUGCUCCUUUCUCGGGUGGGUCGACGCCCCUCGGGGAUCUACGCAGAGCUAUCCACAAAGCUGCUGUUGAAACCGGUUUCAAACCUGCACCAACCGGCUUCCAUUUCCUCUGGGUGACACAUUUCCCCCUAUUUUCUGCCAGUUCCGAUUCUGAACCGGGUCAAGGCGGCACCGCUGGAAUCGCAUCAACCCAUCAUCCUUUCACUGCUCCUCUCACCCCAGAAGACGUCUCUCUCCUCCUUACCGAUCCCACCAAAGCAACCGCAGACCAUUAUGACAUUGUCGUCAACGGCGUUGAGUUAGGGGGCGGCAGUCGACGUAUACACUCUGCCGAAGUCCAAGAGUUCAUUCUCCGUGACAUCCUCAAAAUGCCGGAAUCUCGCCUCGCUGACUUUUCCCAUCUCUUGGACGCACUGAGGGCGGGAUGUCCUCCACAUUCCGGGAUAGCAUUAGGAUUCGACAGGCUGAUCGCCGUUAUGUUGGGCAAGGAAAGCGUCCGUGAUGUUAUCGCUUUCCCUAAAUCUGGCAAAGGCGAGGAUGUCAUGGUGAGAACGCCAAGCGAGAUGACCGAGGAAGCCCUGGAGACCUACCAUUUGCAACUACGACGAAAGAUAUAGACCACACGUCUCUUCGCUGUGUGAAGCAAAACACGAAUUUGGAAUGGCUUUGUGGGCCGGGCACACUUAUUGUGAUAUUGCUCGGUUUUAGGAGUAUUUACUUGACAUAUUCCUCAUAAUAGAUAAAGAUCCUGCAUGAUAGAAUGUACGAUAGCGAGUUUCGAAUUUAUAGAUUCGCGCAACGCGCCUCGACGA